GCUAUAGCUGUAGUGUGUGGGAUCUGUUUAUAUCGCUGCACUUUACACAUGUUGACGUUUGGAAGUACUAGUGGAAAUAGACUAAUACAUUUGGAUUCUGAUUUCUUCACUAUUUCAUGGAGUUAUAGAACUGAAAAUCUUGGACUAGCAGAUGACGCAGUUGCAUUGCCCCGCCCGACAUAGGCCUUCGUUUUCUGGAAACGCUGACACCUCGUGCACCCAUUGAGAGCAAGGCACCUGCCACGCAAUAGCCUUGGCCUGAUCAAGUACAAACUCUCCAACCUACAACUCAUCAUCAUCGCAAGCCAACCAAAAUGGCCAGGAAGGACCCAUCAAUGACUCUGCAAUACAUGUCGGAGGUCAACGGACAACUCAGUGACGAAAUACGACAGCUUCGACAGGGCGACUACACUCGACUCUUCAAGCAGAGCCGAAGCUUCAUCGACGCUCUGCUAAGGUCACCCAAGGGCCAGCUCACCACCUACGGCCCGUCCGUCACGUCCAUCGCUAAGGUCAGAGACUGCUAUGAAGAUUCAAAGAGACUUGACAAGGAUCGCAAGACCCAUUUCACUCAGGUGAUUGGUUACUUCAUCUCCCUGGUGGACGCCCUCAAGAUCUUGGUCCAGCGAGUCCGGGAGUGGAUAGGAGACUCGGUCAACGAACUGACCGUCCAUGAGAGGCAGAGGGCCCCGGCCAAGAAAAUCCAGUCCGAGAUAGACUUCAUGGAGAAGUUUCUUGAGGAGCACAAUGACUUCACGGAUCUACACAAACACAAGACGCUGGAGGAGUUUCGAGGGCUGAAUACCGGGGAGGUACCAGCCUGGGGUGCGGUGGUUAACCUCAUACCGGUCCUUCUAAAGACGGCAGACAGCAUUGCAGAGUUGACAGCGAAGUGGAGUUCCAUAACUCAUCGACUAGGCAUGGGAAUCUACGAGACAGCACCAGCGGGUCGUCCAGACUCUCGAGCCCGGGGUGGAUCAGCAACGGGAGGGCCAAGAUCGUCAUCGAGACCAAGCCCGCAAAAAACACCCGAGAGAUCUGGAUCCGGGGCCGUCAAAACAAGAAAGACAUACGCCGAUAAGAUGGAUGAGAAGUUCAAAGGUCGUAUCUCAUUGUUAGAGCGCCCUCCAUGGAAACCCUCGUCACAGAUACCUCACAACCUCUAUCCCCAGCUUCAUAUCCACCUUGGCAGUCCUACCAACCACGUACCCUACAACUGAACAACUGACCACUGAUGGUUGACCCCUGCCACCGGUUGAAUAUCCUAUAUGUGAAUAGUGUCCGUUACUGUAAUAUUUGUAAUUAAUUAUGUUAAAUAUAGUGUCAGCAAGUGUGUAACAAAAUAACAUUAGAAAUCUGCCCUGUAUUCUCAGUAGCUACAUUAAGAUAUUAUGUAGAUUAAUGAGUGGGGGGGGGGGGUGCACAGAAAAUUGUGCAACAGCUCAAAGUUCGAAAACAUUCUAAAAUAAGUAAUUAUUCCCAGCCACACAUAAACAUCCCUGGCAUACUCCUUUAAAAACUAGCACGAAAUUAUGUUCAGACGCCAUAUUGAAAUUUGGUUGUGUGCACUAUUGCUUUGCUAUGAAAAUUACCAUUUUAGCAAUUGUUAUUGUUCGUAUAAGCUCUCUGUGUUGUAUAGACUUUGUUUUAUGAAGCCACCCCAUGUUAAGUCAAUGAUUUUGUAUUAUUGAUAGUAUAGUAGGCCUAAUACGUCAGGAAAAAAGGCUCCAAUACGUCAAUAAGAUCUACGGUGACUUUGUUUUUGUUUGUUUACGGAUUGUCAUCUACGUCAAAACCUUUACAUUGGAGACCUUAAGUCAACAUUCUGCAAAACGGUCAGCAGUUAAAGCCAGUGCAGCAAAGAGUUGCUGCGUAGAGUAUAUUAAAUGGAUCUUAUGCAUUGACGUCAUGCCGCCAUCUUUGUAGAGGUUAACCGAGACAAGUGACCCUUUUCAAAACCAGGGUUUGGGCUUAAAAGCUCAGUUUAUUAGAAGAAAUUGCGCUUUCCUAACGGGGCGGCUUCAAUCAGGCAGACGGAUCUCGAUCAAGCCGACCCAAACAAAGUCCGUAGUUUCGAAAAGAUAAUUUGCAACCCCUGUUCACCUCUACAUGAGGGCGCCCCACUGCUGUGACGUCACUAUGUUUCAGGUAUAUGAUUACCGGGAAAACAAACCCACAAAAACAACAAACAAACAACUAAUUCCAACCCGAGCAAAAUUUUGUUUGACUGAAAGUGUAGUAUAGGUGCUGUAACUGUCGUAUUGUACCAAGAUGUGAACCGUGUACAAAAUGUAAUCGGACUAUAA